AGGUGAGGUCAAGUUGAGCUCCCACCACUGUCGUCACCUCACACUGCAGGCCACUCUGCAAGGAUGCUUCGUCUUGUUGCCCUCUCUGUCUGUCUCUCUGUGGGGCUCGGCGCUGCACCCACCGCCGACACCAAGUACGGCCCGAUACAGGGAAUUGAGACCGCCACCAAUGUUAUAUACUACGGAGUGCCGUACGCACAACCCCCUGUCGGUGCUCUCAGGUGGGCACCCCCAAAAGAUCUUGCAUCAUGGGCCCCCUCCGUGUACAGCGCUGCCAACAUGAAACCAGGCUGCCCACAGUUUAAGUGUGAUGCUUUGGACCCUCCUAUGGUUUGCCCUAAAACUACUUCCGAGGACUGCCUGUAUCUCAACAUCUGGGCUCCUCUUGGCACCAACUCCACCUCCUCCCUCGCCGUCAUGGUCUACAUUCACGGCGGCAACUUCGUCCACAUGAGUGGGGCCAGCUUGUUGUACGACGGCAGCAUUCUAAGCCAGAAAGGCGACGUCAUCCUCGUCAACGUGGACUACCGGCUCGGUGCUCUUGGCUUCCUGGUAACUGGGAAAGAUGCGGGAGACGCUACGGGGAACUACGGGAUCCUGGACCAGAGGCAGGCUCUGAAGUGGGUCAAGGAGAACAUCAAGGCGUUUGGAGGGGACCCAAACAGAGUAACCUUGUUCGGUCAGAGUGCAGGAGCACAGUCCGCCAUGAUUCACCUGGCCUCAGCAGAAAGCGGGGCAUAUUUCAGUAACGCCAUCAUCGAGAGCGCCCCCUUUUCCAUCCCGUACAAAUCAUACGCUGAGGCUCUUCUCCUAGGGGCACACAUGGCCAAACUCCUGAACUGCACCGCCAGGGACAUGAACUGCCUCCGUCAGCGGAACAGCGUGGACAUCGCCUACGCUCAGUACCUCAGCAGGAACAAACUGUCUUCACUCAAGUUGCUGGAAGACUUCGAGCCAUGGGGGCCUUGGGUCGACGGCGUCAUCGUUACUGGGGAGCCGGUAACCACCAUGGAGAAGGGUCACUUCCAGAGAAAACCUAUAAUGUUGGGGACAACGUCUGAGGAGACCCGGCUGUACAUCUACGGCGCCUGGAAUAAACCUGUAGACAACGUUCUUUACGAAGCCGCAGUGACGGCAACGCACCCCAACCACGCCAUUGCGAUCUUUCGUGAAUACCCUGCGAACUCCCCUCAAGACGAGAGGGACAACAUGGCGGCUCUUGCAACGGAUUACGUCUUUGGAUGUUCCACACGUCAUGUCUCGCGGGAAAUUGUGAAAUACGGCAUUGCUGACGUAUGGAUGUAUAUUUACGACCAUGCGUUUUCCUUUCCCGGCUGGGGUAAUCUGACCUUCUGUCAAGGUCAUGUGUGUCAUGGCUCGGAAGUUCCGUUUGUGUUCCAGUCGGCAGGCCAGGGAGGGUUUAAGUACGCUCCUGAUGAAAUUGUUCUCAGUGAUUUGGUUAUCAGUUACUGGUCAAACUUCGCAAAGACUGGCAAUCCCCAAGGAGUGUCUGACUCCGGGGUCGAGGUCAAGGCCGUCCCAGACUGGCCUCAGUUUCACACAGAGAAUCAGUGGCCCUAUCAGCACUUCAAAACACCAUCCUCCUUCAUUGAUACAUAUUACAACGCACCUUUCUGUGACUUUUGGGAUAAAGUUGGAUACAAUAACUAACAUGUACAUAUGUUGACCGAACAUAAUACAAACAAGUUGUAAAUAA